AUGUUCGCGAGAGAGUCUCCUAAUGAUGCCAAUAACUACGACUUUGUAAAAGAAUUGAUUCUUAAACAAUAUAAGCUUAAUGCAGAGGAACUCAAACAAAAUUUUUAUCGACAUUUUAAAUCACCUGAAAAAUCUUGGCGAAAUUUUGCACAAGAAUUAAAUUGCUAUUUUAGCGAAUGGGUUUCUGAAGUAAAAAUUACCACUUUCGAUGAUCUUAAGAGUUUGAUGGUUACCGAGAAAAUGAAACGUCAUGUACCAAAUGACAUGAGAGAUCAUUUUCUUGAAGAUUGGAUGGAAUUGAAUUCUUAUUCCAAAUUAGCCGGGAAAUUGGACGUCUAUGAAAGUUUAAAAAACAGUUUCAAGGAAAAGUCUGUGUCUUAUAAUCGAAGUAACCAAAAUGAUUCUUGGCGAUCUAUGAACCAAAGUGAUAUCAGAACUAAAGAAAAGUUGACUUGGCAGAAAAAUAAUGUUAAAGAAAAUGUUCGCGAAAGAGAAUUUGAAAGAAGAAGACAGCUUAGAUGCUAUGAAUGUGGUUCUUAUGAUCAUCUACGCCCUCAAUGUCCCAAGGCGAAAGCAAAUUCAGAAACUGUGGCUUCGCUUCACGUUUCGGAACCAAGGUUUCCUGAUAUAAUGACACCAUAUACGAGCAUUUGCGUGGUAAAUGGCGUUGACAUUUCAAUACUACGAGACACUGGCGCAACCUUGGAUUUAAUUCCUAGGAGAUUUGUAAAACCUGAAAUGUACACGGGUGAGUUUGUUUGGAUAAAAACUCCAAUACAGGAAGAAUCAUUUUGUUUCCCAUUAGCCGGAGUUGAAUUAAACUGUAAGUUAGGAAAAGUGGUUACUAAGGCAGCUGUAUUAGGUGAUUCUCUUGAUCAAGGGUAUUAUUUAUUGGGUAACAAAACGGGUGCUCUAUUGGAAAAUUCGUUUGAAGUCCCAAUGAUAAGUGCUGUAAUGACUCGAAAACAAGAAAAAAUGAAUGAAAGGAGGGAAGUAGAAAAUAAAGAUAAUGUACAGCUCGGUAUAGUCGAUUUCAAUGAACUUCCGUUACUUCUGAUCAAACGGCGAAAAGCGAUGACUUACUCACUGAAAAGAUAUUACCUUGUAAUAAAGAAUUUAUUGGUAUCGAACUGUUAA